GUCUGGAUUAGAGCUGAGGUGUCUGCGAACCGAGAACGGCUGCAGUCCUCUGACCUGAGACCAAUAGCUGUGUCUACCCGGACUCAGCGUCCAGCUCACCGCCACUAACGCGCCGCGCACUGCACACCUGAUCCACACACCUUCGGGCACCAGUGAAAAACCGCGACUUGAUUUUCUGGAAGAACGCCCCCAGGGUGUGGGAGCGGUCGUGGAGGACCAGCAGGAGGAAGCGGAGGGGAGAGGGGCGGUAGUGGAGGCAGAGAAAGCGUUGAGCCAGCUGUGUUGGCCGAAGGCACGAAACGGCAAAAGGCAGCGGUGAGCAUCUGUGUGGUUCCCGCUGGGAACCUGCAGGCGGGACCGGCGUGGGAACGUGGCUGGCCCGCGGUGGACCGCGUCUUCGCCACAAUGGUCCGGCUCCUCUUGAUUUUCUUCCCAAUGAUCUUUUUGGAGAUGUCCAUUUUGCCCAGGAUGCCUGACAGAAAAGUAUUGCUGUCAGGUGCCUCGUCCCAGCGCUCCGUGGCGAGAAUGGACGGCGAUGUCAUCAUCGGAGCCCUCUUCUCAGUCCAUCACCAGCCUCCAGCCGAGAAGGUACCCGAGAGGAAGUGUGGGGAGAUCAGGGAACAGUAUGGUAUCCAGAGGGUGGAGGCCAUGUUCCACACGUUGGAUAAGAUUAACGCGGACCCGGUGCUCCUGCCCAACAUCACUCUGGGCAGUGAGAUCCGGGACUCCUGCUGGCACUCUUCAGUGGCUCUCGAACAGAGCAUCGAAUUCAUCAGAGACUCCCUGAUUUCCAUCCGAGAUGAGAAGGAUGGGCUGAACCGAUGCCUGCCUGAUGGCCAGACCCUGCCCCCUGGCAGGACUAAGAAGCCUAUUGCUGGAGUGAUCGGCCCUGGCUCCAGCUCUGUGGCCAUUCAAGUCCAGAAUCUUCUCCAGCUGUUCGACAUCCCACAGAUCGCCUAUUCUGCCACAAGCAUAGACCUGAGUGACAAAACUUUGUACAAAUACUUCCUGAGGGUGGUCCCUUCUGACACUUUGCAGGCAAGGGCGAUGCUCGACAUAGUCAAGCGUUACAACUGGACCUAUGUCUCUGCAGUCCACACAGAAGGGAAUUACGGCGAGAGUGGAAUGGAUGCUUUCAAAGAACUGGCUGCCCAGGAAGGCCUCUGCAUCGCACACUCGGACAAAAUCUACAGCAAUGCUGGCGAGAAGAGCUUUGACCGGCUCCUGCGUAAACUCCGGGAGCGGCUUCCCAAGGCCAGGGUUGUGGUCUGCUUCUGCGAGGGCAUGACAGUGCGGGGCUUACUGAGUGCCAUGCGCCGCCUGGGCGUCGUGGGCGAGUUCUCACUCAUUGGAAGUGACGGAUGGGCAGACAGAGAUGAAGUCAUCGAAGGCUAUGAGGUGGAAGCCAACGGAGGGAUCACAAUAAAGCUUCAGUCUCCAGAGGUCAGGUCAUUUGAUGACUACUUCCUGAAGCUGAGGCUGGACACCAACACAAGGAAUCCUUGGUUCCCUGAGUUCUGGCAACAUCGCUUCCAGUGUCGCCUACCUGGACACCUCUUGGAAAACCCCAACUUUAAGAAAGUGUGCACAGGAAAUGAAAGCUUGGAAGAAAACUAUGUCCAGGACAGCAAAAUGGGAUUUGUCAUCAAUGCCAUCUAUGCCAUGGCUCAUGGGCUGCAGAACAUGCACCAUGCUCUGUGUCCCGGCCAUGUGGGCCUGUGUGAUGCGAUGAAACCCAUUGAUGGCAGGAAGCUCCUGGAUUUCCUCAUCAAAUCCUCUUUUGUCGGAGUGUCUGGAGAGGAGGUGUGGUUCGAUGAGAAGGGGGAUGCUCCCGGAAGGUAUGACAUUAUGAACCUGCAGUACACAGAAGCUAAUCGCUAUGACUAUGUCCACGUGGGAACCUGGCAUGAAGGAGUGCUGAAUAUUGAUGAUUACAAAAUCCAGAUGAACAAAAGCGGAAUGGUACGAUCUGUGUGCAGUGAGCCUUGCUUAAAGGGUCAGAUUAAGGUCAUACGGAAAGGAGAAGUGAGCUGCUGCUGGAUCUGCACGGCCUGCAAAGAGAAUGAGUUUGUGCAGGACGAGUUCACCUGCAGAGCCUGUGACCUGGGGUGGUGGCCCAACGCAGAGCUCACAGGCUGUGAGCCCAUUCCUGUCCGUUAUCUUGAGUGGAGUGACAUAGAAUCUAUCAUAGCCAUCGCCUUUUCUUGCCUGGGCAUCCUCGUGACGCUGUUUGUCACCCUCAUCUUUGUUCUGUACCGGGACACACCCGUGGUCAAAUCCUCCAGUAGGGAGCUCUGCUAUAUCAUUCUGGCUGGUAUUUUCCUCGGCUAUGUGUGCCCUUUCACCCUCAUCGCCAAACCUACUACCACAUCCUGCUACCUCCAGCGCCUCCUAGUUGGCCUCUCUUCUGCCAUGUGCUACUCUGCUUUAGUGACCAAAACCAAUCGUAUUGCACGCAUCCUGGCUGGCAGCAAGAAGAAGAUCUGCACCCGGAAGCCCAGGUUCAUGAGCGCUUGGGCCCAAGUGAUCAUAGCCUCCAUUCUGAUUAGUGUACAGCUAACACUAGUGGUGACCUUGAUCAUCAUGGAGCCUCCCAUGCCCAUUUUGUCCUACCCGAGUAUCAAGGAAGUCUAUCUUAUCUGCAAUACCAGCAACCUGGGUGUAGUGGCCCCUGUGGGUUACAAUGGACUCCUCAUCAUGAGCUGUACCUACUAUGCCUUCAAGACCCGCAACGUGCCCGCCAACUUCAAUGAGGCUAAAUACAUCGCCUUCACCAUGUACACUACCUGCAUCAUCUGGCUGGCUUUCGUUCCCAUUUACUUUGGGAGCAACUACAAGAUCAUCACUACCUGCUUCGCGGUGAGCCUCAGUGUGACGGUGGCCCUGGGGUGCAUGUUUACUCCGAAGAUGUACAUCAUCAUUGCCAAACCUGAGAGGAACGUCCGCAGUGCCUUCACGACCUCUGAUGUUGUCCGCAUGCACGUCGGUGAUGGCAAACUGCCGUGCCGCUCCAACACCUUCCUCAACAUUUUCCGGAGGAAGAAGCCCGGGGCAGGGAAUGCCAAGAAGAGGCAGCCAGAAUUCUCGCCCAGCAGCCAGUGUCCGUCGGCACAUGCGCAGCUUUGAAAACCCCCACACUGCAGUGAAUGUUUCUAACGGCAAGUCUGUGUCAUGGUCUGAACCAGGUGGAAGACAGGCGCCCAAGGGACAGCACGUGUGGCAGCGCCUCUCUGUGCACGUGAAGACCAACGAGACGGCCUGUAACCAAACAGCCGUAAUCAAACCCCUCACUAAAAGUUACCAAGGCUCUGGCAAGAGCCUGACCUUUUCAGAUGCCAGCACCAAGACCCUUUACAAUGUAGAAGAAGAGGACAAUACCCCUUCUGCUCACUUCAGCCCUCCCAGCAGCCCUUCUAUGGUGGUGCACCGACGCGGGCCACCCGUGGCCACCACACCACCUCUGCCACCCCAUCUGACCGCAGAAGAGACCCCCCUGUUCCUGGCUGAUUCCGUCAUCCCCAAGGGCUUGCCUCCUCCUCUCCCGCAGCAGCAGCAGCAACAGCAGCCGCCCCCUCAGCAGCCCCCACAGCAGCCCAAAUCCCUGAUGGACCAGCUGCAAGGCGUGGUCACCAACUUCGGUUCGGGGAUUCCAGAUUUCCACGCGGUGCUGGCAGGCCCGGGGACACCAGGAAACAGCCUGCGCUCUCUGUACCCGCCCCCGCCUCCCCCGCAACACCUGCAGAUGCUGCCCCUGCAGCUGAGCACCUUCCGGGAGGAGUCCAUCUCCCCUCCUGGGGAGGAUGACGAUGAUGACAGUGAGAGAUUCAAGCUCCUGCAGGAGUUCGUGUACGAGCGCGAAGGGAACACUGAAGAAGAUGAAUUGGAAGAGGAGGAGGACCUGCCCGCAGCCAGCAAGCUGACCCCUGAGGAUUCUCCUGCCCUGACGCCUCCUUCUCCUUUCCGAGAUUCCGUGGCCUCUGGCAGCUCAGUGCCCAGUUCCCCCGUAUCUGAGUCGGUCCUCUGCACCCCUCCAAAUGUGACCUACGCCUCUGUCAUUCUGAGGGACUACAAGCAGAGCUCUUCCACCCUGUAGUGGGGGGGAGUGUGCGUGAAGAAGCCAGAGAUGCCAAGGACUGUCAACCCUUCCAGAAAUGUGUAGAAAGCAGGGUGAGGCAUGGGGAUGGAGGACCGUGGUCUGCAGGGAAGAAAAAAAAAUGCUGCGGCUGCCUUAAAGAAGGAGAGGGACGAUGCCAACUGAACAGUAGUCCUGGCCAGGAUUGUGACUCUUGAAUUAUUCAAAAACCUCUAGAAAGAAAGGGAAUUAUGACAAAGCACAAUUCCAUAUGGUAUGUAACUUUUAUCGAAAAAAAUAAUAAAACGUAAAAAUAAAAUCAACAAAAAUAAUCUCUUCUUUUGCUCAAUCGUGCAUACAUAUAUCUGCCCACACUCCCGUGGUAAAACUAGAAGUGAAGCAGGCCCUGCGAUGGUGCCAACUGAAUCAUAAGUUCAUCAUCCUAGUGAGCGGAUGGAGAGAGGGCAGGAGGCGGGGGUAGGUUCGGACAACAGCUCCCAUCUCAGACCUUGACUGUGCUGAGUCUGCAGACUCCUGGACUAAGGAAGACCCAGGGACUGACCUUAUGAGGGUCCCUUUCCACUGCUGUGAUCCAUUGCCAGCCUGUAGUCACCCGGGAUAAAGGCACAGUAACCUUUUGCAUUUCUGUGAUUCCCUGUGUUUAAGGAAAAGGAAAGUAUGAGCAAAGUCAUCACCAAAAAGAGCGCCAUUAGAAGUUACAGGGGAGAAAAAAAGAGAAGCAAGAUGAUAUAUAAGCACAGGGCCUUGAACAAGGUGAGCGUGCUUCACAGAUUCCGUAUUUAUGUACAGAUACUUUUGGAGAGAGGAAAGAUAACAAGGAGUGUCAGGCCGUUUGUGAACUCACUUGCACUGUGCCAACCAGGUUCUCCGCUGCCCUUCAGCAAAAGAGGACAAGCCGUGUUGCCAGGUUUUACCUUCCAUUUACUGUAGCAAAUACUAUCAACCAGUCAGACUUCUAAGAUUCAGUUUCAGUUUCAGUACAAUGCGGUGCCACUGUUUCUCCCAUGUGCUAUGGAAACGAAUCUAUCUUUGAACUUAACGAUGUAUUCAUAGCAACUAUUACUGGUUUAGAUUUUUUUUCCUAUUGUCACAGGAGUCCCUGGAACUAGUAACUGACUGUGUUUUCCUGCGUUUCUUGUAUACAUGUGAUUAUGAAAUUCGUGCCAUUUAAUGUCAAUUUAGCUGUCACUAGAAAACUGUCUUUUGGAUAUAGUAUAAAUAUUUUUAUGUACCAGUGAUGUUCUCCAUACCACGGUUACCAGUGUUUCUCUGGAGGUUGGGUCUGUGGUCUGAUGUUUCUCAUGUGUAGCUUCGAUGGGAAUUCUUCUAAGUGGGAUUUAUUUUUCAGAUAUUUUAUGAUACGAGAAUGUUAUUAAUGAAGUAAUUCGAAAGUGCAUUGUAUAAAAAUGGUCACCAAGCAAUGCGUGACAGUAAAAGGUCCGUUUUUAUAAACCUGCGCACAUUGUUAUUAAAAUGUAAGGUUGAAAAGGCAAUAUUUAGAAUAUUUCAGAUAUAUUUUUAAAAAGUUUUUCCACAGCUACUUGAGUUUCAUGGUCUUCUAGUAUAUAACAACACUCAAGUCUACCCAGAGUGUCUCCACUAUCUGCUUGUCAAUUCUGCUUAAUUUUAUUUUCAUGCAUUUAAACUUUUAUAUUUUUGUUAGCAUCUCUUCCUUAUGAUCCUCAUGUGUAGUAUUAUGUAAUACCCACAUACAUGUAAUAUCCACAUACAUGUAAUAUCCACACAUGUAACAUUCACAUACAUGUAACCCAGUUAUUCCAUCUUGACCCUACCUUUUCUAACACACAAAGAAAAGAAAAUUGUUCUUGUUAUUUUUAUUUCUUCUGUUAUUUGUGGGAUGAUAUUCCCUUUAAAUAUCUUUGUUUGUGCCUUAUGUUCAGUCAUUUUAAUUUGCUUUCUUCAUGUCGAAGCUGCUGGUUUCUCAGCCAAAAAGCAUCAUCUUAGACUCUCUAAAUAGCCAAAGCAUCAUGAGUUUGGAAUUUAACAUCAGCUCCCAUGUCAGAGUUGUGCUCCUCAUGUGUUCCCACAUUCUACUGCCCAGUGUAGUGAAUUCCUUUCCAAGAACUCUCGCCUUUGCUUUCCAAGUUAUUUUUGAGCAUCUUUGUUGCAGAGAUCUCAAGAAUUUAUGUCUUGGGUUCCAUGUUUUCACUACGAAGAAACAGAAUGAGAAGAAGAAGAAAAAUUAGGCAGUGUAUAGCUGGGCGUAGUGGUCCAGGUCUUUAAGCCCAGGCUAGCCUGAUUUAGCCAAUAAAUUCUAGGCCUAAAUAGAGAGACCUAUCUCAAAACUCAAAGCACACAACAGAUGCUAAGUAGAUGGGUCUCCAUAAUUGGGAAGCCAAUGAGAGAAUGCAUAUUUCUUCCUAUGUUCUUUAAAACUUGAAGUACUUACAUCCAUCUUUCAUCAUUAUGGGACUCGUACGUUCAGAGCCUUUUGUUGUUCUUUUGCCAGAAUAGAUGAGGCAACAUUUGCCUAUUCGAAUGCUAUAACAGGCAAGCUGAUUCUAGGGUUUUGGUCUGAGACAUUUGGUGAACACCUUCAACACUGAUUAAAAUAUUACUGAAUGCCUACUCUUAUCCUGAUUAUGAAUUUUCCAGAAUAAAUAGAAUAUUAGCUCAUAUAAUUGUUCAGAAUUGGAGAUGUACGCCUACUACCCUGUACCUAAAGGGCAAAAAUAUCUUCACUGUAACGUGUGUGCUUCUUCAAGGUGUUUUGCUUCUUGUAAAAGUGUUUUCCUUUGGCUUGUUACUGCCUUUUGUCAGAUAAUCUUGAUGACGCUGUAUCAUAAUAAAGAUUUUCUAUUUAUUAAA